AUGUCAAGUAUCGAACUCAUAAACCCAAAGGCGGAGAGUGUGCGCCGUGCCGCCGCACUUCAGGUCAACACGACCGGUGCCAUGGGCCUCGCGAACGUCGUCCGUGGUAACCUUGGGCCUCGUGGAACGCUGAAGAUGCUCGUCGACGGCGCGGGCCAGAUCAAAAUGACCAAGGACGGAAAGGUCCUAUUAUCGGAGAUGCAGAUCCAGAACCCUACGGCUGCCAUGAUCGCACGCACUGCUGUUGCGCAGGAUGACCAGGUCGGAGACGGAACAACCUCGGUUGUAUUGCUGGUCGGAGAGUUGUUGAAGCAGGCGGAUCGUUACAUCUCUGAAGGUGUACACCCAUCCAUCAUUGGCGAGGGCUUUGACUUUGCGAAAAAGGCUGCGCUCGAGUUCCUCGAUACGUUCAAAAAGCCCAUCAAUGUCGAUCGCGCCACGCUUGUAAACGUCGCACAUACAUCAUUAGCAACGAAGCUCAACUCUGCGCUGGCGAAGCAACUGUCAGAGAAUGUCGUCGACGCUGUUCUUACCAUCCGACCCCCCGCACCUGACGCAGACGCUAAGGAUCAGUACCGCGAGCCGAUCGACUUGCACAUGGUUGAGAUUAUGAAGAUGCAGCACCGGACAGCAAACGAGACCCAGCUUGUGCGCGGUCUCGUGCUUGACCACGGCGCAAGGCAUCCGGACAUGCCGAAGCGAGUUGAGAAUGCCUUCAUCUUGACCUUGAACGUCAGUUUGGAGUACGAGAAGACUGAGGUCAACUCUGGCUUCUUCUACUCUUCGGCCGAGCAGCGUGAGAAGCUCGUCGAGGCCGAGCGCCGCUUCACCGAUGAGAAGGUCAAGAAGAUCGUCGAGCUCAAGCGUCUCGUCUGUGAUCAGGCUGUCGAUGCAAAGGAGAAGGCAAAGGGUUUCGUCGUGAUUAACCAGAAGGGUAUCGAUCCGCUCUCCCUCGACAUCCUCGCAAAGGCGGGGAUCUUCGCGCUCCGCCGCGCCAAGAGGCGAAACAUGGAGCGUCUGCAACUCAUCUGCGGUGGGAUCGCACAGAACUCAGUGGACGAGUUGACCCCGGAUGUACUUGGCUACGCUGGUCUUGUGUACGAGCAGACAUUGGGCGAAGAGAAGUUUACGUUCGUCGAUGAGGUCAAGAACCCUCGCAGCGCCACACUUCUUAUCAAGGGCCCGAACCCGCACACGACGCAACAGGUACAGGACGCUCUUCGCGACGGCCUCCGCGCGGUAAAGAACGCGAUCGAGGACUCUGCGCUGGUACCGGGCGCUGGCGCGUUUGAGGUCGCCGCCGCGCACCAUCUCUCGACUACAUCAAAGAAGGCCGCAAAGGGCCGUGCGAAGAUGGGUGUUCAGGCAUACGCCGACGCGCUGCUCGUCAUUCCGAAAACACUUGCGGCGAACGGUGGCUUUGAUGUCCAGGACACGAUCGUCGCACUACAAGACGAGGCUGCGGAGGGCAACGUUGUCGGUCUCGAUCUUCAAUCCGGAGAGCCUUUCGACCCGACUGUUGAAGGCAUCUGGGACAACUACCGCGUCAAGCGACAGAUGCUGCACUCUUGCUCUGUCAUCGCGGUCAACCUGCUACAGACUGACGAGAUCCUUCGGGCUGGGAGGAGCUCGCUGAAAGAGGGCCCUCAGCAGUAA